AUGUCAGAGACGACUACUUUGACGGAGACGAUGCUUACACUGACGUUAAAUCAAAAGCCCGACUCCACAAUCGAAAACGAGGUUGAUUUGGAAAAGGAUGUUGAAAUCAAAUCAAUGACCGUAAAAAACAUGGUUGAAUCCCUGAGUAAACAGGAUGAGAAUGAUCAGAAAAAGUUUGUUGAAGAUCAAGAGAUUUCGACGCUUUUGGAACUAGCGAACGCUGCUUACUCUCUCGACAUCAAGAAGGAGACGUUGGAUAUCGUUUGUCAAAAGAUAGCAGACAUGAUCAAGGACAAAUCUGUCGAGGAGGUUCGAGAGAUAUUCAACAUCAAGAAUGAUUUUACACCUGAGGAAGAACAAGCCAGUCGUUCUGAAUAUGCGUGGGCUUUUGAAAGUUAG